AUGGCCGAGAUCAUUCAGAAGAGAGUUGACGGGAAAAUUCAGGACCACGUUCGUUUGCGUGCACUUGAAGCCGGGAAACAGAGUGUGAAUGUCGUUUAUGGCGGUGAUUUGUUGCCCGAUGGAACUGUGACUUUUGAG